AUGAGUGAAAUUCAUCCACCUGUACCCUCAUCAAAAAUGCCUUCAACUCGUUCACGUCUACCAUUUAGUGAAGCUCCAUCAAUUAAUAUGAUUAAAUUAGAACGUGGUCUCGUUCAACGUUCUCUUCUUUAUUGCCUUGAACGAGGCUAUUUUUCUUUAAUUCGUUAUUUUCUUGAAUCAGGUACAGGUAAUGCAAGGGAACGCGAUAGCGAAGGUCGAACUGGCCUUAUUUAUUGUUGUUUCAUCGAUAAUGAUUGUUGGGCACAAAAUAUAGCAAUGACAUUACUUGAAUAUGGUGCUAAAAUUGAAGAUCAUGAUCAACGUAAACUUAAUGCAUUACAUUAUGCUAUUAUAACUCAACGAUCAAUUCUUGUACGACGAUAUCUUGAUUCACUUGAUUUCGAUCUUAGUCGUUCAACAGAUAUACAUGGUAAUACAUGUUUACAUUAUGCAUGUUCAACUGGUAAUGUUGAAAUUGUUCGUUAUGUACUUAAUGCGAUGAAACGUUAUUCAAUUGAUUUAACAGUUAAAAAUCGUUCCGGUUUAACAGCAUAUGAUGUUGCAUGUCAAUUAAAUUUAGAUCGUUGUCAAAAUUUAUUACGUAAUGAAAUGACAUUACAAGAACGUGAUAAUCCAUCAAAAAUAUCUAUUGAACCAUUAGUUGAACGACGUUUAUCAAAUCCAAGCCGAAUGCGUUCUACGACAGUAUCAUCUUAUGCUGAAUCAAUUGCAUCUGUACCAUUUUUUAUAUUAAGUUCAUCAAUUCUACGUAAACGUCGCCAAAGUACAAUAAGUUUUAAUAAUGAAAAUAUUCUUUCACCACCAGCAAAAUUUAUUGAUCCAAUUGAAUCACGUAUUAUAGCACUUAAACGUAAAGAAUGUCUUGAUGCAUCACUUGCUAAUCAAGCUAAAAAUCGUCCUGAUUUUGCUCCAUCAUCAUUAACAAGUCAAAGUGCAGUUUUUAAUUCAUCAUCCAUAUCAACAUGGCGUGAAGAUGUUUCAAAAAUGUUUAAUCAAUUACAAGUAUUAAAAUCACCAUCAUAUAGAAAAAGUGUUCAUCCACCAUUAAGUAAUGAAUUAUCAUGUGAAUUAUUUGAACGUUUAUAUGGUAUGGGUGGUGCUGAUGGACAUGAUUGUAGUAAUCAUCGUCCAUUAUCAUCACGUCCAACAGGAUCAUCACAAAAAGUUUUUCAUCGACGACGAAGUAGUGCUGUUAGUACGAAAUCAACUAAUAAAAUAAAAAAUUAA